UCCUUAAUUAGUUAGCAAUAGUUCCUUGUUGCAUAUUGAUUUAAUUUCUACCCAUAAAUUAAGAAACUACAGCCUUUUCUUUCAGCAUAUCCUCUCAACGUUAAUCCUUACUCAAAGAGAGAAUAUUUUGUGCACACACAAAUUAACCUCCAAUUUGCCUAAAUUUCCAAUGGAAAGAGCAAAGUCAUCGAUUGAACAAAUUCAGCCUCCUACUUAUGGAAACUUGGUAACCAUUCUUAGCAUCGAUGGGGGUGGCAUUAGGGGCAUCAUCCCCGCUACCAUUAUUGAUUUCCUUGAAUCUCAGCUUCAGGAAUUGGAUGGUCCAGAUGCAAGGCUUGCAGACUAUUUUGACGUGAUAUCAGGAACAAGCACAGGAGGUCUUGUAACCGCUAUGAUAACUGCUCCAGACAACAAUAAUCGACCUCUUUUUGCUGCCAAAGAUAUUAAGCCUUUUUACAUGGACCAUAGUCCUAAAAUUUUCCCACAACAUAGUGGCCUUGGUGGGACGAUAUUAGCAAAAGUAGUAAAAUCUCUGCUGGGAGGACCCAAAUAUGACGGGAAAUAUCUGCAUGGUGUCGUCAGAGAGAAACUUGGAGACAUUCGGUUGCAUGAGACACUCACCAAUGUUGUCAUUCCCACCUUCGACAUCAAGUCUUUGCAACCCAUCAUUUUCUCAUCUUAUCAGAUUAAGAAUUCCCCUUCCUUGGAUGCUAAGCUCUCAGACAUAUGCAUUAGCACGUCCGCUGCACCUACUUAUCUCCCUGCCCACAAUUUCAACAACCAAGAUUCAAAUGGGAAGGUACACGAAUUCAACCUCAUUGAUGGUGGUGUUUGUGCAAAUAACCCGACCUUAGUUGCCAUGAACGAAGUAACAAAGCAAAUCAUUAAGCAAAAUUCUGAUUUAUUUCCAAUAAAGCCUCUGGAAUAUGGUCGCUUCCUAAUAAUUUCAAUAGGCACCGGGACAGCAAAAAAUGAGGAAAAAUUCAAUGCACAAAUGGCAGCCAAAUGGGGAUUAUUGGAUUGGCUAACCCAAAGUGGGAGUACUCCCUUAAUUGACGUUUUCACUCAAUCCAGUGCAGAUAUGGUGGAUUUCCAUUUAUCUGCUGUGACUCAAGCACUUCAUUCACAAGAUAAUUACCUUCGAAUUCAGGAUGACACAUUAACUGGAACGGAUUCUUCAGUUGACAUUGCUACAAAGGAGAAUUUGGAGAAACUUAGCCAAAUUGGAGAAAAACUCUUAAAGAAACCGGUCUCUAGGGUCAAUUUAGAGAAUGGUCUCUUUGAGCCACUAAAAAACAGGGAAACCAAUGAAGAUGCUCUCAAAAGGUUUGCAAAAAUACUUUCACAAGAGAGGAGACUCCGUGAAAUGAAAUCCCCACACACUAAAAAGUCAUUCUAGUUUAUACAUGGUGCUUUCGAUUCCAUCAGCUUCAGUGAUUUAAUUACUGUCUGUAUUUGUUGCUCUCACAGAAGAAAAAUCUCUAAAAUAUUGUAGUAGAACAUGUUUAAGAUAGAGAUCAAAAAUUGAGUUGGUUAUUGAUAAAAUGUAACUGUAGGGGCUAGUUUGUUAUAUUUUUUUAUUUUUUACUUAGAUUCUCUGCACCAGUUGUAAAUCAACUGAAUUAAUAUAAA